ACAUUCUUUUUAAAUGAGCUGAAAACCAAGAUGAAGUGCUAUCGUAACAGUGUUUCACCAAUAAAGAUGAGAAAUCUGUUAAGAUAGCGUGUCCAUAAUUUUGUUUUGGGAAACGUGCGUUUUGCGUCGUUUAUUUUGGUUGCAUAAACCAGAUGGGUAUGGACUUGGAUAAUUGGAUAGAGAAAGUUAAAAGCGCUCAGUAUCUUCCGGAACCCGACUUGAAGCGACUGUGUGACUAUGUGAAGGAAAUUCUUAUAGAGGAGUCAAACGUGCAGCCUGUUUCUUCUCCAGUUACUGUAUGUGGCGAUAUUCACGGACAGUUUCACGACCUGUUGGAGCUUUUUCGAACAGGAGGUGAAGUCCCUGAAACCAACUACAUUUUUAUGGGAGACUUUGUCGACCGUGGUUACAAUAGUCUUGAAACAUUCACGUUAUUACUUUGCUUAAAGGCAAGGUAUCCUUCAAGAGUUACCUUACUUCGAGGGAACCAUGAAAGUAGACAAAUUACCCAAGUGUAUGGUUUCUACGACGAAUGUCAACGGAAGUAUGGAAACGCCAAUGCAUGGAAAUAUUGUUGCGAAGUAUUCGACUAUCUAACUAUUGCUGCACUCAUAGAUGGAGAAAUUCUUUGUGUGCACGGUGGACUCAGUCCUGAUAUAAGAACUUUGGACCAAAUUCGCACGGUGGAUAGAAGACAAGAAAUACCUCACGAAGGGGCGUUUUGUGACUUGAUGUGGAGUGACCCAGAGGAUAUCGAAACAUGGGCAGUGAGCCCUAGAGGGGCGGGUUGGUUGUUUGGCUCCAAAGUCACUUCAGAGUUCAAUCACAUCAAUAAGCUAUCUCUUAUAUGUCGGGCGCAUCAGUUAGUGCAGGAAGGCUACAAAUACAUGUUUCCUGAGCGUUCACUGGUCACAGUUUGGUCUGCUCCUAAUUAUUGUUAUCGCUGCGGAAAUGUCGCUGCAAUAUUAGCUUUUGAUGAGAAUUUGGAACGAGAGUUUAAGAUUUUUAGGGAAGUUGCAGAGGAUCACCAUGUUGUUCCAGCUCGAGCUGCUGUUCCUUAUUUUUUAUAGUUGCAUGUAAUGAGACCAUUUAUUGCUUUUCUUUUAUUAGUCUGUAUCCAAAUGCUUAAAAGUGUUAGAGCUUGCUAGUAUGAUAAACAUACAAUAUGGUUGAUUAUUCGCCAUUCUUCAAAUAAACGAAUGUUGAAGAUUCAGAAAAUAUUGGCCUU